AUGGAAGUGUUUGCUGAUCUUGAGCAAACUCUUACAAGAAUGAAAGCUAGUGGUGAGUCUGAUGUUGUAACUUUAAUUGAGUUUCAAAAGAAGAUUGGAUGGAAGAGGCAUACAACAUCUCUUGCCUUGUAUACAAGGAAAAUGCUUUUGGCCCUGAGGCAUGGCAAUGGAUCUAGUAUGUGCUUCCUCUAUGGACGUCAUAAUUCAAUGGAACUGUGUCAUGAAAUGGGUCCCAUAGUUUCAUUCAACUUGAAAAGGCCAGAUGGCUCUUGGUAUGGAUACCGUGAAGUUGAAAAGCUGGCAUCUCUUGCAGGAAUUCAGCUAAGGACAGGAUGCUUCUGCAAUCCAGGUGCAUGUGCAAAAUACCUUGGCUUGUCUCACUUGGAUCUUCUUACAAAUACCGAGGCUGGCCAUGUUUGUUGGGAUGAUCAUGAUAUAAUUAAUGGAAAACCUAUUGGAGCUGUAAGAGUAUCUUUUGGCUAUAUGUCAUCAUAUGAAGACGCCAAGAAAUUUGUUGAUUUUAUAGCACGUUCCUUCAUGUCACCUCAAAAUCACAUUGACCGUGGGAAUCAAUUGAAAGGCCUUGAGCAGGGUUUUCUGGAUUCUGGUUAUUAUCUGAAAUCAAUUACAGUAUAUCCAAUAAAAUCCUGUGGAGGUUUCAGUGCUAGAAGUUGGCCUCUAAGCAACAAUGGCCUGAAACACGAUCGAGAGUGGAUUCUUAAAAGUCUAAGUGGUGAAAUUCUUACGCAGAAAAAGGUUCCUGAAAUGGGCUUUGUAAGCACCUUUAUUGAUCUCAGUCAGGGACUGUUAUUUGUAGAGUCUCCACGUUGCAAAGAAAGAUUGCAAAUCAGGCUUGAGUCAAAUGUUUAUGAUGGUGCUAUAGAGAGCAUUGAACUAUAUGGCCAAAGGUACGAGGUGUAUAGUUACAGCAAUGAGACCAAUGCAUGGUUUAGUAAAGUCAUUGGUAAACCUUGCACUUUGUUACGGUACUCCAGCUUCGAUCAUGAUUUUGCGUUGAAUAAGACCAAUGGUGCAGUCACAUGUAGAGAUGCAAAGUGCAUGCUCAAUUUUGCCAACGAAGCACAGUUCUUACUUGUAUCUGAGGAAAGUGUUGCUGACCUAAACAAAAGAUUAAGUUUAGAUGUACGGAAGGGCGUAUGUGGAACAGCAAUCCAAGUCAAUGCAAGUAGGUUUCGUCCCAACCUUGUAGUAUCUGGAGGGAGGCCUUAUGAUGAAGAUGGAUGGAGAGACAUUAGGAUUGGAAAUAAGUAUUUCCGAUCGCUAGGGGGAUGUAAUCGAUGCCAGAUAAUCAACCUUACCAUCAAUGCUGGACAAGUGCAAAAGUCAAAUGAACCUUUGGCAACUUUAGCAUCAUACAGGAGAGUAAAGGGAAAGAUUUUGUUUGGCAUACUACUGAAAUAUGCAUCUAUUGAUGGCGAGCAGCAACAAGGUGAUUCCUGGCUUCAUGUGGGGCAGGACGUACAUCCAGAAUGAAGUGUGCAAUUUAUACAUAUAAUCAUGGGAAAUACUAGUCUCAUGUUGUAGAAGACUAGUAUCUUAUUCCAUAGAUACUUCGAUAAUUAUAUAUACAAAAUGCCCCCAAACUCAUCAUGUCUUCUAAUUCUAUAGGAAGCCCGUGAUGGUGUAGUGCCCGUUGCCUCUAUGCUAAAGUAUUAUGUAUUUUCUUCUUUUCUAUGUUGUACAGUUCCAUAAGAGGAUACGAGAUAUGCUGGGUAAUAUGAGAAUGAAUAUCGACAAAAUGCAUAGUGGUAACUUAUACAUUUAUCUUAUGUUGUAUAUUGACAAUAGAAAAAUCAAUAAUAAAGAGGGCAUAAUGUG